AUGAUCUUCGCCGAGCGCCCACUUCAUAAGAAGGGCCAGGAGAUUCGAAUCCGCCUGGACUCAAGCUUCGUAGAUCUGAAGAAAGCCUUCGACACAGUGAAUCGUGUAGGACUGCAAAAAAUCAUGCAGAAAUUCGGCUCUCCCGAGCGAUUCAAUCCGAUGGUACGUCAGCUCCGCGAUAACAUGAUGGCGUUAGUCAGAGGCAUUUGCAGUGACCAAUGGAGUGACGCAGGGCUGCCUCCUGUCUUCAGUCUUAUGUUUACUGCCAUGCUGAUGGAUGCCUACCGUGACUACCGCCCCGAGAUCCGUUCAGCCUGUAGGACGGAUGGCCACCUGCUCAACCACAGGCGGAUACACUACCAGUCGCGUGUAUCCAAAACCACCGCUCACAAACUUCUCUCUGUCGACGACUGCCCCUUCAACGCCACCUCCAACGGGGAUAUGAAAAGAAGCAUGGAUCUCUUCGCCGCCGGUUGCGAAAACCUUGGCCUGGUCGUUAGCACGGAGAAGACGGUGGCUAUGCAUCAGCCGCCACCACAUGCCGACACUCUAAGACCUUCCGGAGUCGUCUGGAGAUUAAUUUGUUCAAAUGGCUUCGGUUGUGCCGGCCACUCUUUUGUUGUUGGUAAGAAAUCUGGUCAUUUGCUGUAUGGACGAGGGGAUUUGAAGUCGAAGGACAAGGUGCGGGCUCGACCGGGCCAUACACUUGCACCCUCACCACCUCCAGUCUUUCAUCCUCUGUCUUAA